AUGCAAGCAGCCACCUCGAUUCAGGCCAGGGAAAAUAAUGUUUACAUGAAAGUUUGGAGAUAUAGACAUAGGAUAGAACAUUAUGGUAGUGCAGGUGGUCACCGCAAAGGUACUCGAUUAGGCGAGAGGGCUUGGGCGUAUGGGCAAGUAUUUUUAGCAUGGAUCUUUAUUUAUAUCUCAGAACUGUAUAUUAGGGGUAUAUCGUAUGUCAGCGCCUACCCACUUGAGAUUUCAUGCAACAAUAAGUUAAAUCAAGCGACUAGAUUCUGCGCUUUAAAGGAAUAG